AUGUCCCAUUUAUUAGAUGAGGAUUUUAUGAAUCAACUUUAUGAUGAAGAUCAAGAAGAAGGAGAUGAAGAAGAUUUUGAAGAGGAUGAAGACAAAGAAGAUAUAACUGUGUUGAAGAGGAGGAAGGAUCAAACAAAGGAUGAACUUUGCCAAUCAAAACUAAACGGUGGGGCUGGAUUAACCAUAGAGCAAGCUCAGCCUUUCUAUCAAAGAGCCUUUCUAUCAAAAUUUGAUGGAACAACUCUCUCAAAGAUUGUGUACGAACUCGAAAAAGCUCAACAAAAUGGGAAUGAACUCUCUGCAAAUGAUAUCGUGAAACAAAUAAUUGAAAAAUAUAUUGGCCCACCUCCAAUCACAUGCGAAACUGUAGUCAAUUGGGUUGUGGAUGAGUUGAUAAAAAAAAGACAAGAUAUAAUACCAUUGUUAACCUUUGAGAAGAACCUUCUUGAGGAAAUAGAACAAGCACGCCAUAAUAAGGAAAACGAUUUCCAAAAGUUUUAUUCUAACACAAGGAACGAAUUGGCAACCAAGAACCCUAAUAAGGUGUUGACUAUUGAUAAGGUAAAUGAAUUUGAGCAAACAUUAUGUGCAAAGACUACUAUUCCUUCUGUGAAAGUUAGAUUUGGUAACUCUAACAUAGGUGGUUGUGAAAAGCUUUCCGAGAUAAUAAGUUCGAGUGGUGAGAAGAGAGGACUUUUAACCAAGUUUGCACAAUUAAUUGGUACCACAAAAAAAUUUCAUGUAUCUAUAUUUUCUGGAACUAAUUUUUCUGUCGAUGUAGGAGGUAUUAUACAAUCAGCUCUUGGUAAAACUGAAGCAAAGAUUGAUAUAGUUAAAAUAUUUGACUUUGGUUUAGUUUCACGAGAUAUUAUUUCAUUUUUAGAAAAACCUUUCAAUAUACCAGACAACGAGAAGGAAGAUAUUCUUUUCUAUUUAUAUAAUCAAGGUUACAAAAUUAACAGUGAAUACUCACAUAACGUCAGCUGA